AUGCGCGCGAGUUCUGGCACUUGCAUAUCGCCUGGCCCUGAUGAUCAGAAUAGCUUACUCCGCUCUACGGGUUGGGGUCUUUGUUCGUCCAUCGGCACGAUAAGCCAUUGUCAAACGCCUCUGUUUGUAACCUCAACUUCUGCUGCACCCAUUGCCACUUCAUCGAGCUCGAAUCUUGCCGCCGCCGCAUCCAGUCUAAGUGUAGGCGGCAAGAUGUUGACUCGUCUUCUCAAUUCCUUGGGCACUAGUUCCUCUGGUGAGAUGAUUCCACAUUCCCACAUCCCCACACAUUCUGCCGAUUCGCCUGCACCCGGGUCCAUGACUGAGGCUUGUACGAUGGUAGCCCCCUCUUCAGUUUCUGGGACUGCUGCUAUUGAUGCUAUUGGAAGUGGGGGAGGCCUUGGUUCUGACAGCACCUUUUCUAUAGCUGUUUCUGCCCCUGCUCCUCUAACCACCAUUACACCUACUUCUAAUAUCACGACUACAAUUUAUUGCAAUACGAACGUCUCUGGUGUCAAUACUACCUUGCUUCCUGGGCUUGCCAUGGCCAAUGUUUGCAAUUUAGGAAAUGAGGGAGGAGACACUGACGGGAUCCCUUCUUCUGAUUUCACUGGCCCUUGGGACUCCAGUCAUGACGAAGUCAUGGGUCAGGCCAAGCUAAACACUACAACCUAUGACCAGAUGCAGGUGACCUCUAUAACAGAGGUUUCAGCAGCCUCCACCUCAGUAAUCACAUCUUUCGGAAGCAGUAGCAUCAAUACUACAGUGACUUUUUCAUCAGGAGCACCAUUAAUAACCUCUUCAUCCUCUUCUGCCGCACUCGCUUCUACAACUACUCCGUCUCUAACGGCUACGACGCGGCCCAUUCAUACAUCGUGCCAACAAAGCCAUUUGACCGCUUUUCUUUCAAACCCUACUUUCGCCCAGCUGAAGACGACCUCUCCAAUGGCUCUAGUUGUGCUGAUGAUGAGCGAUCCAGAGUGA